GUACCUACUACUUGUGAAGACAGUGACAGCAAGCAAGUUGCUGAUGAUGAACCACAUGGUAUUGCUUGUUCUGUUAACUAUUGUCACUUUUGCUUGUAGGAAAAUGUAUAUAGCUUUGUAACUAAUGGAAUAUAAUAUCCUAUAAUGAAUGUAAUAAUCUUUCAGUAAAGAUUUACAUUUACAAAUUCUGGUUCAUUUUUAGAAGUUGUAGUGGACACAGUAAAUACACCAUGGGAUAUUGAAAUCAUAAGUAUUGAUGAUGCCACAUUGCCGUGGACUAUCCCAGACUUCCCUGUUGUGACAAUAAACUUUAAAAAAGUUACAUUCAAGCAAGGAGACAAGAAUAACACUGGCCUGGUUAAUGGUGCUGAAACUUUUGCACCAACAAAAUAUACAUGCACAAAACAUUGUACUAUUAAGUUGCAUGAUGAAGAGUACACUGUUCUUUGGGAACUAAGACCUUUAAUUCAAAAGAAAACAUUAAAGAAAUCCACAACCGCACGUGAUGAAAGCACCAAACCAGUUGCCAAUAAGGAGUAUCUCAACCAAGUCCAAGAGAAACACACAUUGGCAUUCAAGGUUCUUGGAACCUGCUUCUCCAAGGAGAGACAAACAAAUUUGGAAAUGGCAUAUGAAUGCAUGGAAAGAAACAGACAUGUUUUUAUUGACCUUGUUCCCGAACCCGAGAACACACAUGACCCAAACGCAAUUGCUGUAUGCAUCAUGUCGCAGGACGACUUUGAAAAGGUUGGAUAUAUACCUCGAGAAUUAACUGGUUUCAUACAUCCCCUUAUGCUAACUGGUGAUAUGGACGUCUGUGUGAAGAGUAUUCGCUUCAGAACCAACUAUCUGCGAGUUGGAUAUUAUCUUACGAUAAACAUCACAAAAACAGGACUUUGGGAUGAUGCUGUUGUCGCAGCGUGCAAAAAUAUCAGAUAG